AUGGAGACCACGAUAAAAUUGCAUAAUUUUUAUGGUCCUGUGGUGUCUGAUUUGGGGAAAAAGAGUUUGGAAUGGGAUUUAAAUGAGUGGAGAUGGGAUGGUGAUUUGUUUUUGGCUGCCCCUCUUAAUCCCUUGCCGUCAGAUUGUAAAAGCAGCCAGCUCUUUCCCGUUGGAUCUGCCACCGAGGCAGCGGCUUCGAGCUGUUUUCUGCCGGGCCCGGAAGAACUGAUGCCGGGCCUCGAUCGGGAGAACAGGGAUUCGGAGAAAAAAAGAAGGGUUUUCGAAAUCGAGAAUGACGAGGCCGGUGGAUCUCUCAAUCUGAAGCUCGGGGCACAAGUUUACCCGGAGGGGGACCUUCUGGAUGAUGACGUGCGUUUGCAGGGUAAAAGUGGUAAGAAGACAAAAGUGGCGGGCCCGCAGUCGGGCCGUGCCGUUUGCCAAGUGGAGGAUUGCAAAGCAGAUUUGAGCAACGCAAAGGAUUAUCACCGGCGGCACAAAGUGUGUGACUUGCAUUCUAAGGCUACAAGCGCUUUAGUUGGAAAUGUUAUGCAGAGGUUUUGCCAGCAAUGUAGCAGGUUUCAUGUCCUUUUAGAGUUUGAUGAAGGCAAGAGGAGUUGCCGCCGGCGUUUAGCCGGGCACAACAAAAGGAGGAGGAAAACACACCCUGAGAAUGUUGUAAAUGCGGUCAAUAACAAUGACGAGCGGGGUAGUAAUUAUUUAUUAAUCAGCCUGCUAAGGAUACUCUCCAAUAUACACUCCAAUAGCUCCGAUCAAUCAACAAAUCAGGAUCUGCUGUCUCAUCUUCUGAGUAACCUUGCAAAUCUUGCUGGUGCAACUAACGGGAGUAAUAUUGCUGGAGUCCCUGUAUCCCAGGGGUUACAGAACAAGGAUCUUACUAGGCCAGUUGUGUCGAUACCUGCUUCUGAUCUGAAACAAAAGGGAGUUCCAAAUGAUGCAUCCGUUUCACAGUUGGCUUCAUGUUUACCAACAAACGCAAGCAACUCAACUAAGGAGUAUACUACUACAGAAGGAAGGACAAAAUUGAAUAACAUUGACUUGAAUGAUGCAUAUGAUGGCUCUCAAGACUGCAUGGAAGAGGGUACAAAUGUCAAUGCACCAGAAAAUUUAGCCAGCAUGCCUUGUAAUGGCCCGUUAUGGUUGUAUAAGGAUUCUCAACAAUCAAGUCCACCUCAGAUUAGUAGGAAUUCGGGUUCCACAUUUAGCCAGUCACCUUCUACAUCCAGUGGAGAGACACAGAGUCGGACUGAUCGUAUUGUCUUUAAACUGUUCGGGAAAGAUCCGAGUGAUUUUCCUCUGGUCUUGCGGAAACAGAUUCUUGAUUGGCUAUCCAAUAGUCCUACUGACAUCGAAAGCUAUAUCCGCCCUGGUUGCAUUAUACUGACUAUAUAUUUACGUAUGGAGAAAUCCAGCUGGGACGAGCUUUACUGUGAUUUAGCAUCCAGUUUGAGGCGACUUCUCGACUCAUCCACCGAUUCAUUCUGGAAAUCGGGAUGGAUAUAUACUCGAGUACAGCAUCAUGUGACGUUUUUGUAUAAUGGCCAACCUGUUCUAGACACACCCUUACCCGUAAUACACCAUAGAAAUUGCCAUAUAUCAAGUAUCAAGCCAAUUGCUGUUACUGUUUCCGAUACUGUUACGUUUUCUGUCAAAGGAUUCAAUUUAUCUCGUUCUACCUUGAGGUUGCUAUGCACAUUGGAAGGAAAUUAUCUGGUUCAGGAAAAUUUUGCCGAUACAACAAGAGGGGCCGAUUUUCUGGAGGAACAUGAUGGGAUGCAGUCUUUUAACUUCUCUUGUGUUUUACCAGAUAUAGUUGGAAGAGGAUUUAUUGAGGUGGAAGACCAUGGUCUGAGCAGCAGCUUCUUCCCCUUCAUUGUGGCCGAGAAGACCAUCUGCUCUGAAAUUUGCAGUCUGGAAACUAUAUUUGACUGUGAUGACACUGAAGAAUUAGAAGAUAGGAAUCAAGCUUUGGAGUUUAUACACGAAAUGGGUUGGCUUCUCCACAGAAACCGCCUAAAGCAUCGGUUAUCAGGUCAAAGCAUUGUUGGUAUUGACCAGAAAUUAUUCUCAUUCGAACGCUUCAGAUGGUUAGCCGAGUUCUCAGUUGAUCACGACUGGUGUGAAGUUGUCAGAAAGCUCUUGAAUAUUCUGUUUGAUGGCACAGUGGAUUUGGGACGAGAGGAUUCGAAUAUAGAGAAGCUUCUGGAGAUCGGCCUUCUCCACCGAGCGGUGAGGAGGAAAUGCUCGUCCAUGGUGGAAUUUCUUUUGAGUUACCUUCCGAGUGGAGUUACGGACAAAACUGGGCCCUUACAGUAUUUGUUCAGGCCAGAUGCCACCGGGCCCGGUGGAUUGACUCCUCUUCAUAUAGCAGCCUGUCUGGAUAGCUGCCAGAGUGUGGUUGAUGCAUUGACUGAAGAUCCUGGACACGUGGGAAUUAAAGCCUGGAAAACUACUAGAGACAGCAGUGGACUAACGCCUCACGACUAUGCGCGCCUACGUGGCCAUUACUCGUACAAUAAUCUCGUUGACUGGAAAGUCAACAACAAAUCAGAAAGCGGACAUGUCGUUGUCAACAUAUUCGAUGUAGCUAGCAUCACCACCCAAAAAACCGAGAAGGGGAGUAAAUUUGGUGUGGCUUUCGAGUGCGAGAAAAAGAUGCCAAUAACCGGGCACGACAAAGUGUGCGGGUCAUGCAGGGCAAAGAGACUAUUGUUAAGCCAGGAAAAGUGCUCGAUAGCAUCAUCACAGUCCUCUUUUAGGUUAUACCGACCAGCAAUGGUGUCAAUGGUGGCCAUUGCUGCUGUUUGCGUGUGCACAGCUUUGCUUUUCAAGAGCUCGCCUCAUGUGCUCUUUAUGAUGUGCCCCUUCCAGUGGGAGCUACUCAAGUUCGGGCCCGAGUAG